CAAAUUUCAAUAUCAGUUCUUUAUUUAUAGUCGAAGGCUUGAACAAGAUUCGUUUAAAAUAAAAUUAUUUUUUUUUAAAUAAUAAUGUUUUGGUUAUUAUUUGUUUUUUCUCUAGUAUCAUUAGCAACUACACAUGGUCAAUAUGAUAAAGACUGUCAAAUGGCAAAUAAACAAACUGGCCGCUGUGUACCUAUAAAAUCAUGUAGAAAAACAUACGAACUUUUAAAUAAAAUUCUUACUAGUGGAGGCGGUAAACCGACAGAUUCAGAAAGAGACUUAUUAUUAGCAUCGAAAUGUGGUACUAUGAAAAAUGAAACUUUAGUUUGCUGUAGCGAAUCGGAAAUUCAGUUGAAUGUUGAUGGAUUGAACAUAUUGAAAGAAACUUCUUGUGGUAUUUAUAGUGUGGAUAAAGUUUCGAAUGGUCAUCAAGCAGCAUUAUUUGGUUAUCCAUGGAUGGCUUUACUAAAAUAUAAUGAUGAACGUCAACCCUUUAAAUGUGGUGGCACAAUAAUAAGUGAUCAAUAUAUUUUAACGGCAGCCCAUUGUGUUUAUAAAUUGGAACAUUUACUUGAUGCAGUACGUUUGGGAGAACAUAAAAUAAGCACAGAAAGGGAUUGUAUUAAAACACCACGAAAAGAUAUAUGUGCUCCACCUGUAGAGGAUGUUGGAAUAGAAGAAAUAAUAAUUCAUGAGAAAUACUCUAAGAGCCUUUAUCAUGACAUAGCUUUGCUACGUUUGAAAAGAAAAAUUACAUUUCAACGUCAUAUAAAACCCAUUUGUUUGCCAAUAUAUGACAAUUUACGUAAUAAGGAAUACAGUCAGUAUGUCAUCUCUGGUUGGGGUACAACAGAGAAUGGCACUACAUCUGAUGUUUUGUUAGUCGCUGUUGUUUCCAAAGUUGAUCGCACGGAGUGCGAGAGAUUGUUAAAAAUGCAUCGCCUUCGAUGGCCAAUAACAAUGGGACAAAUUUGUGCCGGUGGCAAAGAUUUGGUAGAUACCUGUCGUGGUGACUCUGGUGGACCAUUAGGAUAUCGCGAUUUUUACAAUGAUACACCACGUUUUAUACAGUUUGGUAUUGUUAGUUUAGGUUUGGAAGCGUGCGGUGUUAAAGAAGUACCAACUAGUUAUACGAAUAUUUCAUAUUAUUUGCAAUGGAUAACGGAUCAUAUCACGGCAAAGUAAUUAAAAAUUAUUUUUAAUUACACAUGUGUAAAUCUCAUUUCCUGGGGUUUUAAUUCCAUCCCAGGAAAUUUUUUUUAAGUUCGAUAUGUACAUUAUAUUUUUAUUGAAUGAAAAUGGAUUCUAUUUUUUUCUGAAAUCCUUAGACUUUAUAGAAAACGUUGCCAAAUUAAUUGAAAAUUAGAAAAAAUUAUAAUUAACCUUAGGUGGCUAUAUAUGAAUGUAUGUAUAUAAUCUGUAUUCUAGGAAUUCAAUAAAUACCAUUAUACCAGA